GUGUGUGUGUGUGUGUGUGUGUUUAUCAGACGUGGCAGCUUUAGGGUUAGGGAAGCCAGCCCUUUGGGAAACCAAUUAACUUCUACCACACUUUUGGUCUCCCAGGAGCCUUCCAACCUUGAAGAUGCACCUUGAGCGUCCUCAUGUUUUUACUCCUAGACCAGGAUAAUCAGGUUGUCUUCUUGCCCCUUCCUUUUCCAGUGAUGAACAGCUCUGCUGAACAAUAUUCCCCAAAUUGUUUUGGCCCUCUGGGAGGACAUCAAAAUGGGCCAAAAGGAGAUGGGCUGCCCCUGCUUGCUGUCAUCGUAGCCCUUUUCGUCUUAUUGGCUAUCUGCAUCAUCAUGGUUGUCCACUUUGGUCCGGAGCUACGAAAGGUCCAAUUUACUCUCCCUCGGGAGCCCCCAACCCCAAAACAAGAAGGUGGUAUUCAUCUCAUUCAUUGGAAGGCACUGGGCUCCCAACUUGCAAAUGGACCCCAAGAGAACUACAUGGAAGCUCAGCCUUGGCCUGCUGCUACCAGCCUCUGCACCCAUUCCAGCAUCAUGGAGCUUACUUAUCUAUGAGGAGCAAAUCUGAAGAUUUCCCCUUACCACCAAAGAAAGAGAAAAAAGUUGGAUGAAAAUUUAAUAGGAAAGGGAAUAGGAGCUCUGAACUUCAAGGACAAAGGAGAAUGGACAAGAGGGAUUUCUUGCCUGAACUGAUGAUUUUAGGAGUCUCCUUCCUGGGAUUAGAAAAAUAAAUGCAGAGUUGGGGGUCUCCCUGGAAAUAUGCCACAGUUGAUGUACUUCUAACACUUCCCCUCCCUAAUCCUUGUUCCAUUCCUCUCCCCCAUCCAGUGAUCCUCAGGCCUCUGAAUUGUCUUCCUUUAUUUCCUUUUCUCAUCUAUUUCCUCCCCACUUUCCUUCUUCUUCUAAUUUCCUUUGCCCAUACAUUAUAGUAGAGUAACGUAUGCCUGGAAAAAUGACCCCCUUUAGGACCUUUUUUCAUUUUCCAAGUUCCACUCAAGUCCUACCUUUCGCAGAUCUGUUAGAGUUGACAUUGGCAGCUAGUUUUUAACAUUGAACCAUGAAUGAAAGGAAAAUAUCCAUUUCCCUUUCUCCUCCAUGCUCUUAGAACCAAUACUUCCUAUUCAACUCUACUUUUAUAGAGGUCAUCAAAACAAAUCUGCUAGAUAUUGCUAAACACUUAAAUAUCCCUCCACACCAAGAGGCUCCAGACUUAUGUAUAAGAAGCCAGGAUUGACCACUACCCUUCCCUUUUCUUCGAAGGGGAAAAAGAUUAGAAGAGUUUGAUUAUUGUUUGAUUAUUGUGUACAACACACACAAACACACAAGACCUCUGCCAGGAGUCCAGCAGGCCAGCCUUUGACCCUCUCCCUCAGAGCAUACAGAUUCAUUAUAAAAGCUUCCCAGAAAAGGAAAAGGAAAAGCCCUGUUAUAGGUGUGAAUGGGGAAGGGUCCUUGCUGGAAGAAGUAGAGGAAGCGCUGAACCUAGGAGAGGACAGCAGAUGAACUGGAUAAGAUGCUAAAGGGGCAAAAGGAAAAGACAAGAAGGCUUUAUUUUUGAAAGGUCUCUUCCUUCUAUUCCCUCAAAGUUCUCUCCUAAAGCCCAUUCUGUGGAGUUGUCGAUAAACCCUGAGCAGCCACUCCGUGCUAAAUGCUGGGAAAUGUAUCCCUGUCCUCGAGAUGCUUACAGAUUAGAACAAUUGGAGAGAAGGCCUCAUGGAGGUCCUGAGAACUGAGCCAUUACAAAAGGAAGAGUAGUGUGAACAAAGACACUUAGGCAGAAUUAAUCCCAGUGUUCAAAGAGGGCCCAGUAAGUAGUGGUGUCAUAGAAAAAUGAGAUUUGUAAUGGCAUACAGUGUGCGUGGGAAGGUUGAUAAAUGAGCCAAUCCACUGCCAAUUAGAAUAAAGGAGAUGAUGGGAUGCUUCAUGUGUCACCCCACAAUGGCAUAGUGGAGAGAUCACUAGACUGGGAAACAACUGGCCUGUGUUCUAGAUAUAGAUAGGAUACUUGUUAAUUGUGUGAUCCUAGUAAGGGACUCAAAGUUGAUUGUCAAAUAUUAGUCCAAAAUGCAGUGCAUUGAUUCAGUAUUCAUAUAUCUUCCUAAAGACAUCAAAAAUGAACACUCCCAAUUUUAAAAAUAUUGUGUUGUAAUUGUUGUGCCUAAUUUAUUUUCUUUAUAAGUAUUAAGAUUUUUCUGAUAAUGAAAAUAGAAAAGUAGGCCUGAUGUCAUAGACAUUUAUUUUCUAUAUUUCUCACUGUGAAAACAAAAAAAUGUGCUACAAAAUUUUUUAAACAUUUUAUCCACAUGAAAACUUACAAAACAUGAGAAGAAUAAGAUAAUCAACUAAAAUCAGAAAUGAAAGAUGUUACAAUAAUAAAAUGCCCUUGUUUUUCUGUAGUAACAAAAUGAUCAAGUUCAAUGACUUGAUUUAAUAAAAUCUCAGAAAAAAUUUGAAAUAAAAAUUCAAAAG